AUGAGUUUGUUUUCGGUGUUCCGCACAAAGCAUGUGAAUGUACUUCUAUGUGGGUUUGAUGGAGUUGGGAAGACUUCGAUCACGCUCAGUUUGUCUGGUUUAAAUCCAUCAGUCUUUCCACCGAAGCCUACAUUUGGGUAUAAUUCCCCAACUCUACACUUCAGUGGAGUCAAAUGGAUUUUUUGGGAUGUAUGUGGCCAACAAAAGUUUCGAAAUUUGUGGCGGUCGUAUUAUAAGAAUGUUCAAUGUGUUGCGUUUGUUAUUGAUGCAACUGAUACUGAACGUUUUGAAGACGUAAAAUCGACAUUAAUAGCUAUGAUUAAUGACCAAGAACUCAAAAAUUGCCCUUUUUUGGUCUGGGUCAAUAAAGGACAUGUGGACAAAUUAAAUGAGCUGCCGAAAAAUAAAGUCCUCGUUUUGGACUGCGACGCAAUGAAUGGAACUGGUCUUAAAGAAGGACUCAAAUGGCUUAAAAAGGAAGUCAACCCAAAAAAGUGA